UGCGGCAGGAGCUGGCGCUGACUGAACAGCUCGCGGUUGGUCUCCGAUGCCCUUCGUCAAGGAGGGGGUUUCUGGACCCUGGUGAGCGCACCUAGAGCCCCCGGACUCGGUGUCUUCGCCCUCCCCUCGGGCCCGCAACCCGUGUGUCUGCCAUGGCUGAGAACGCAGAGGAUGACCUGAACUCUAACCUGCUCCACGCCCCCUACCUCACUGGAGACCCCCAGCUAGACACGGCCAUCGGGCAGUGGCUGCGCUGGGACAAGAAUCCCAAAACGAAAGAGCAGAUUGAAAAUCUCUUGCGGAAUGGGAUGAACAAAGAGUUGCGUGAUCGUCUUUGUUGCCGGAUGACUUUUGGGACUGCAGGACUUCGAUCUGCCAUGGGAGCAGGGUUUUGCUACAUUAAUGACCUUACAGUAAUACAAUCAACACAGGGGAUGUACAAAUACCUGGAGAAGUGUUUUUCAGACUUCAAACAGAGAGGCUUUGUUGUUGGCUAUGAUACUCGGGGUCAAGUGACUAGCAGCUGUAGCAGUCAAAGGCUUGCUAAACUCACUGCUGCAGUGUUGCUUGCUAAAGAUGUUCCUGUUUACCUUUUUUCAAGAUACGUUCCUACACCUUUCGUACCAUAUGCAGUUCAGGAACUCAAAGCAGUUGCAGGUGUGAUGAUUACUGCAUCUCAUAACCGCAAAGAGGACAAUGGGUACAAGGUUUAUUGGGAAACUGGUGCUCAGAUCACAUCUCCACAUGAUAAAGAAAUUCUGAAAUGUAUAGAAGAGUGUGUGGAACCCUGGAAUGAUUCUUGGAAUGAUAAUUUAGUGGACACCAGCCCACUGAAGAAAGAUCCUCUGCAGGACAUUUGCAAGAAAUACAUGGAAGAUCUGAAAAAGAUCUGUUUUUACAGGGACUUAAAUUCAAAGACCACCUUGAAAUUUGUACAUACCUCCUUUCAUGGAGUUGGACAUGACUAUGUGCAGUUGGCUUUUCAAGUAUUUGGUUUUAAGCCUCCAAUUCCAGUCCCAGAGCAGAAAGACCCAGAUCCAGACUUUUCUACUGUUAAAUGUCCAAACCCUGAAGAAGGAGAAUCUGUGCUGGAACUGUCCUUACGACUGGCAGAGAAAGAAAAUGCCCGGAUAGUGCUAGCCACAGAUCCUGAUGCAGACCGGCUGGCCGUGGCAGAACUUCAGGAGAAUGGUCGUUGGAAAGUUUUCACAGGGAAUGAGUUGGCGGCUUUGUUUGGGUGGUGGAUGUUUGAUUGCUGGAAGAAAAACAAACCAAAUGCCGAUGUGAAGAAUGUUUACAUGUUAGCCACCACUGUCUCCUCUAAAAUUUUAAAGGCAAUUGCACUUAAAGAAGGAUUUCAUUUUGAAGAAACAUUACCAGGCUUUAAAUGGAUUGGAAGUAGGAUAAAAGACCUCCUAGGACAUGGAAAAGAAGUCCUUUUUGCAUUUGAAGAGUCUAUUGGCUUUCUGUGUGGAACCUCUGUGCUGGACAAAGAUGGAGUGAGUGCAGCUGCUGUUGUUGCUGAAAUGGCCUCUUUCCUGGAUACCAGGAAGGUAACACUGAUGGAGCAGCUGACAAAAGUGUAUGAAAUAUAUGGUUAUCACUUGUCAAAAACUUCAUAUUUCUUGUGUUAUGAUCCACCUACCAUCAAAACCAUAUUUGAAAGGAUUCGCAAUUUUGAGUCUCCAAAGGAAUAUCCAAAGUUUUGUGGGGCAUUUGCUAUUUUGCAUGUACGGGACAUAACCACUGGAUAUGAUAGCAGCCAGCCAAAUAAGAAAUCAGUACUGCCUGUGAGUAAAAACAGCCAAAUGAUUACAUUUACUUUUCAAAAUGGCUGUGUUGCUACUCUUCGAACGAGUGGGACAGAACCGAAGAUAAAGUAUUAUGCAGAGAUGUGUGCGUCACCUGGCCAGAGUGACACUACCUUACUGGAAGAAGAAUUGAAGAAACUCAUUGACGCUCUGAUAGAGAAUUUUCUUGAGCCCAGUAAGAAUGCACUGAUCUGGCGUUCUGUGUAGGGCACAUCAGUACGUUGUUAUGACUUUGCACUGACAUAUGGAAUGAAACCUCCAAGAACUCCACUCAGUGAACCUUGUGUUAGAAUUCUCUCAUCUGCCAAGUUAUCGUUCCCCUUUUCUUUCCUGUGUUCAGCUGGCUAAGUAGAUUAUAUACAUUUGAAAUGAAAAUGUUUGGAUAUAAGUCAGAUAUUUUCGUAGUCUUAAAUGACAGUUAUUACAAUGGAAGUGUUCCAGUGGCACGCUGUUUCUCCUGUAUCACAAAAAUACAAAAGUGAGUUUUCUUAUUGAACUGUGGUUAAGCUUAGUUACGUAGCUUGUAAUUGUGUAUGGCAUGGUUUAAAAGAAGUCAAACAUUAUAUAACUAUAGGAUUAGUUAAGGAAAUUAUUUCUUAAAGGUGUGUGUGUGGCUGGGAGCACUGUUCCUGCCCAGGGUUGGAAAGUUCUUAUGUUGUAGAUACUGUUUUUCAAACUAGAAACCCAGCUUGGUGGCAUAUUCCUGUCAUUACAGACCGUAGGAGGCUGAGGCAGGAGGACUUUAUGGCCAGCCUGGACUGCACAGUAAUUCUCUGUCUCCAAAAAAGAAAAAAAGAAAGAAAAGAAAACAUGUUGAUAGUUUAUUUAGGUUUUCUGAUUUAGGACAGAUGUUACAGUCUGUGGUUCUGCACCUCUGAUUCAGGUGCCCUUGGUGUGGUGUACAUUUACUGUAUGUAUUUAAGACUGAUGUUUACUGAACAUGAAACAGUAGUGGCAGCACUCCUCAUAGCUUUAUUCUUGUCAAAUUCCUCAGUGCAUUCUCAGGGUCUAGUGUGUACUGAAACAAUGUUCCUGCAUUGAAUAUGAUUCCGUCAGUCCAUUUUCAGAUAGUUAAGGGAAAUCUUCCAAACUAUAUAGGUGCUUCCUCUAUAGGAAACAGAUUUGUUGAUUCUAAAGAUGGUUGUAGAAAAAAGUCUUAAUAAAAUUUGGCUUAAUGUAA